GCAACAACAAGCUCCAUGUUUGCAGAAGUUCCAUAGAUUGAUGGUCCAACACAGGGGCAGGUACCAAGACCUGAACACACAUUUAGGGCUUGUCUGGUCAGAAGACAGUGAAGAGGAAGAUGGAGACUUGUGGAAACUAGUGUCACAUCAGUGCCAGAGACUACAAGAGAAGCACUCUGAGGAAAGUGCCAGCAGUUCCCGUGCCGAGCGUUUGGCAGGCUUCUGCUCAUACCUGAGACAAAAACACACGCACCUUUGCAGAGAGCAGAGGGGCUUCAGGAGGGAGAGGAGAUCCCAGCAUACCCUUCGUAAAGCCCUGCUGCAGGCAGCAAGAGAAGAACCUCACCACACUGCACAGCUUAUUCAGGAACAAUAUAAAAAGACCUCCACACCCUCCAGCACUGCAGUGCCAUUGUCUGGAGAUGACUCAGGGUUGUGUUCGGCUGUCGUGAAAGAUAUCCUUCAGAACCGUUCACAGCAGCUGUUCUCAAGCUGCACCGCUCGCUUUGCAGAUGGAGCUCAGUGUUCCAUCCCUGUCUUUGACAUCACGCACCAGACGCCACUUUGUGAUGAGCAUGCCAAGAAAAUGGACAAUUUCCUUCGAGGUGAUAUCAGCCGGAGAACGUACCACCACCACCAGCAGAUUCAGCGGCACAGACCACUGAAGAAAGCUAAGCCUCCAGCACUCACUAAGAAGCAUAAGAAGAAAGGAAAGCGAGGAGCACCAAGGCGCCCUCAGAAACCCAUUCCUCCCGCGCAGCCCCAGGGUAACCUGGGAUUGCCUUCCAUCUUGUGUCUGCCCACUCAGCCCUCUGGCAUAAGGAGCCCUUUAACUCCUGAUUUAAGUGCUGAUGAAUUUCCAGAUGACAUCACCAAUGACAUCAGCGACAUUCCACAUGACCUGGAGUUGAAUCAGGAGGAUUUCUCAGAUGUUCUUCCUCGACUCCCGGAUGACCUGCAGGACUUUGAUCUUUUUGAAGGCAAGAAUAGUGAGCUGUUGCCCACCUCUGAGGAAGCCGAAGAAUUGGUUCGCGUUCUGCAGGCCAUGGGCUCAUACCCAGAAUCCCUUGCAUGUCUAAGCGGAAUGGCUGAGCUUGGUCCCGUAGAAGCGAUAGAUUGUCGUAGCAUGUCGGGGGGAGUUGUGGAUCUACUGAGUGGACGGCUAUCUGCUGAGACUCUCUCCAGCCUGGAGCUGGACCCCAGUCUGCUCCCCACCUCUGAAGAUGCUUUCCCCCCAUCACCUCCAUCACCACAACCCCCUCUCACUCCUCCAUCCUCUGUGGGGCAACUCACAGACAGCACAUACCCACAGAGACAACCUCAUUUCGUAGCGAAGAUGGAUAACUCCAAAGUGAAUCUGAGCAAUCUGCCGCUUGGAAAGGACGAGGACAUCUCUCAUGGCUCCUGGGGCAUUCUCGCCCUCUCCCUCAACAACUCCUCUCAAUUUCACAGCCUUAUUGCUUCGGAUGGCCUGCUGAUGUCCACAGCCCUCUCAACGCCAAUGACCCCCGUGUCCUCGGCCCUCUGUCAGCCCAGUUCGGCCCUCUCCGCUUUGCCUCAGACUGUGCCUGUCACUCGCUCCAUACCCACAUCCUCGCCCUCCUCACCAACAUCCCAAACUAAGCACCUUCUCUCCCCACUGUUCAACCACUGUGGGAUCCCAGCAGACUUGCAGCCGCACCACAGUACACCGGCGCCACCUAUGGACCAGGCCUGAACUGCAGGCAGAACCAAUUUGCUACAGUCAGUGUUCAGGGAACAUGUUGCAGGUGAUUUUUUUCUCCCCCACCAAAUGUCAGGGUCAUUCUGUCCAUCUUCUCAGCCCUCUGCAUCGUUUUCCCUCAACAAGAAAGAACAUCAAGCAAUAAAUUUCCUUGUCUGCUUAAAAAUAGUUGCUUUUUUCGAAAAGCAAACAUAGAUGGAUUUUAGCCAUUAAUAUCACUUGUAUCCUUAAAUGCAUAUUUAAUAUAUUUAUAGAGUAGCAGUCUGCACAACUAGUUUUAUUGAAAAUGUGUGGUAACUGGUGAAAAUGUGGUUCUUGCUUAGCGGUAAUGGACAAGUUUGUCAGUGGCAAACACAAGGGGAAAGGUGUCAUGGUUGUAUCACUAUUUUGUCCCAUGUAAUGAUUAAAAAACUUAUUGUUUUGGCAGAUGGUGUUUAUGUGCUUUUAGUAGCCGUUAAACUAUGGGGUCUUGCUCUGAGUGUAAGUGCCUGCCAUAAAAGCUGUGUUACACCUUUAUAAUCAGUGUAUUGCAAAUCAACAAAAUACACAUUGCAUUGUCACUAAGUAAAAAUCUGUAAAUGCACAAAAUUUCACUCUUGAAAACAUGAAAAAUUGCAUUUACUCCCUGUUUUUGACAAGUAAUUACCUUCUCACGUUACCGUAAAGUUACUUGAGGGUGUUAAACUUCGAUUCCGAGUGUUCAAUGUGCUCCUGUGUAAGGCCUUUAGCUGAAGUGAUAGCAGUUGUGGGAAAUAAAUGGUGUAAAGCUAUAGUUAUCUUGUUAUGGCUUUUAAAGAGAGUAGUUAUGAUGCCUUUACCCUCAUGUCAUGCCAAGUCUACAUUUGCAUUUUCCUGUGUAUCUUUGUUGCAGAUGCUUUUUUACCAAAGUGGCUUACAAGAAAGCCUCUUUUUAUGUCCACAUCAGAAAAUAUCUAUAUAUCAGUAUAUCUAACUGACCAAUAUAAUGAAAUUGUGUUUGGGCAGUUAAGCUUUUAAAGAGAACAAUGACGUAUAACCUUAAUUCGGUAUCUUUAUAAAACGGAUAAUGGUAUAAAAUUGUGGUUUGGUAGACUUGCCGUUGUACCAGAUAAUGCUGCUUUUACCAACAGGCAUACUGACAGAAAUCCUUGCACACCGAGGGUUGUCUCGUAUACUUUUUAUACUUAUUCACUGAAUGUAUCAAGUCAACGAAAAAGUUUAUUAUAACCUAUUAAAAUGGUAUGGUCCUCUUCUUUGUUCAAGGUAUUUUUAUGUAUUGACACGUUUACUUUUUGUUACUUAAGUGCUUGGAUGUGGGUGUGUGUGUAGACAAUGUGUAAGAGAAAUUAUAUUUGUUUUAUUUGAAAUGUGUGAAAUAAAACUGCUAUGA